AUGGAUCUCUUCUUUGUGCACCCUGCCCACUUCGACUAUCCCAUCGCCCAAGACGAUUUAUCGAGCCCCGCGAGCUCAGACGCCAAUUAUGACAUGGAGAUCGACCUAACAACGCCCGAUUGCCCUGCACCCCCCGAAGGCGCUGAGGCUGACGAACCAGCUGAUGCUCCGAGCGACCUAUCCGAUCCUACUACUUGGGAAAUACCAUGGCCUGCCUCAAGAAUCCCCGUUGAAAUCUUCGAGCUCAUUACUUCGUUUCUUUCCCGAGCUGAGGUUAGAUCUCUUCGCAGGGUAAACAAGGAGUUUGAAAUCAAGGUUUCUGCCAAGUACUUCAAGAACGUUGUCGUCCCAUUUCGACCCGAGUUAUAUGGCGAUUUUGAUAGAGAGUCGUCCGAGCCCCGACUGCACCCAUCCUCGGCCCUCUUCUCCACUGGCUCACGUAUCUUCGAGUCCUUUGGCCCUCAUAUCCUACGUUUCGCCCUCUCUCUUGAGUUGGAUGAGGAUGACCUUGCGACCCCUCCGAUUAAGCCAGCCCAAGAGGCUGUGACCUCAUUCUGGGGGAUAUAUCGAUGGCCACCCCAGACUUACACCAGGUACUCCGACCUCCAGGGAAUUGAACAGACGGCAGAUGAAACACAAAAGAUGAAGGACGCUUUGAAAUGUUUGACCAAAGUUACCAAUAUGGGCCUGUCUUGCGAUCCUGGUCUUGGCUUUCUCACAAGGCCAGAUGUCUGUGGGCGCCGCGCAUCAACCCGCCGACCUGUCUUUGCCACAAGGAAUUGGCGCCGAGAGCACCACCCCGGCCAGAUGGUGGAAGAAGAGGACGAUCAAUGUGUCACAAUCGCCAACUUGAAUGGCCCUGGAGCCCAGAAGUCACAAGCUUCUGCGUCUGACAAUCUUUCCCUUCAGCGACAAGUUCUUGAGAAGAUGGUCAUUGAUGCAGGCUAUGAAGGGCCGGCAAUCAACGAGGCUAUCGGUCUGCUCCUUGACACAGAAAACAAUAACAUGCCCGCCAUCGAUGUUGACGAAAGAACUGCCGGCUCGAACAUGCAUGCUCUGGAGAGGAGCAGCUCUGAUGUCCACGAGCAACAGGUGCUUGCCAUGUUAGCAAUAGACGGAAGCGCAGAGGGCCUCGAUCGGCCCGACUCUCGCAGGUUUCCUCUUGUCCCUGCUUUCCUCUCUCGGGCUCAAAAGGAGCUUCUUCUUGAGUUGGAGUGGGCUCACCGAGCCAUGAUUCAAUCCUACGUGAUUACCAUGGUCGACAAUGCAGCCAUCGGUUGCUACUCGCAGCUCACCACGUUGUCUAUUGCCAAAAUACCCAGUUGUCAUGUUCAUAUAUUCUAUCGGGAUUCCUUCUGGGAUAGCUUUCCCAAUCUCGCCAACGUGUCAUUGGGUGUCAUUGCGGACUGGAGAAAAAUCACAAAGCCCACUCCGGGGUGCAUCGAGGACAACGAAGUAUCGCCAGUGACCGCUGUCGGUUUGGUUUUCAGACUUCUUCAGGACUACAUCGGCAAGCAGCCCGGAAUCGAAAGCUUGCAUUUCGAGUGGAUAUGCGGUGGUGAAUUCGCUCCAAGCUCGUACCAACGGAAUCAAUAUAUUCUUCCGGCACCGUUCUUCAAGAACCCAAAGGAUAUGGCGUCAGCGAAUUUGAACGUUUUUCAAGAAGAUAGACUUCUGAGUUUGCCGCAUCUUAAACAUCUCUCUCUCAAGAACUGCUGGGCAUCGCCACACGUCCUCAUCCAGUUUGUUCGGGAGAUGGGACUUGCGUCUUUGGAAAAAUUAGAGCUGGAGUCGGUCUCCCUUUCGGGCCAGCCUACCAGGAAUCCCCAAUUUCCUUUGGGCUUGCACAACGGCCAAGCUGCUGCUCAUUUUAACCAAAUGAUGAUGAUGCACAACGGCUUUGUUGGCUUCGCCCAACAUGCCCAUGUAGCACAGCCUGGACUUCCACAGAUCUUCAACCCAAAUCAUAUCUGGAACCACCCAGCUAUCUUCGGGGGCGGACAACAACCUGUCUUCGGAGACGUACAACAACCUGUCUUCGGGGACGUACAACAACCUGUCUUCGGGGACGUACAACAGCCUGUCUUCGGGGGCGAACAACAACCUAUCCUCGCAGCCGGACAUCAUCCCUUCAUCGGGGCCGGACACCAUCCCUUCAUCGGGGCUGGACACCAUCACUUCAUCGCGGCCGGACAACAUCCCAUCAUCAAUGCCGUGCAACAUCCCAUCAAUGCACACGCAGCAAAUAUGGCUAUACCACAGGAUAUGGCCGUGCGCCCUGAGACACUCGUCUUUCCAGAACUUUUAACGUGGGCAGGAUUUAUCGAGCAUUUCACUCCUGGUGACUCCAUUCGCCGUGUUAUUGAAGAUGGCGUUGAUUGGGAAGACAGCCGAUGGCCACCUCUUCUCCAAAUGGCCGCAGAUGUGAUUCCACAAUGUGAUCGUCUUCUCGCGGAGGAGAGGCGAUAUUCAAUCAAGUGCCUGUCUUUCAAAUCUUGUGGCUAUGUCGCCGUCGACGCCGCUAACCUCAAUACUCGUGCUCUCUUGCCUCCUGGAGCCCACGGCGUUGUCUCUCCAAACCACAAUCCGAGCACGCCUCAGCGUAUCAUGCAGCGUUGCAAAGACAGGGAGCUUGCCCAAAUAUUGCCCUACAUUGGGCCACAAGAAGCGUUCAAUCUCACCCACGCUUUCGGCAUGGCGAUAGGUUGGGAACGUGUCUAUAGCCAAAGAACGAUUCACGAUGCCACGGCUGAUGGCGUGGACUUUCCCGGCACCGGGCGCUUUUCCGGAAUGGUUGACACGUCCCCUGUUCCUCGCCCAUGGAACGAAUUCAUACCACCCGAACGCAACAAUAUAACAGUCAGUCUGCCCCCUGCAAGCAUGUCGGAUAACGGCCAUGAAGGGGACGACCUUGAGUCCGUCUUGGAGUCGCUGGAGUGGCACACUCCGCAAACCCAUCUGGAUGGGGAGUGA